AUGCAUGCUUUAAAAGUAUUUUUGCAACGAGCUAAAGGAAUAUUUAUAGAAAGGAAAACGGUUCCUACUGCUUUCAUUGGUUUGUUAUUGCGUCUCUUCGCGUACUCCGAAGGACCAGUAACUUCUAUCUACGUUUUAUUCUUUUCUCGUAUUUGUACUCUACAAUGGAUUUCGUUACCAAAUAUGGGGUUAACUGCCAAGAGUUACUGUCCUGAAUGUGAUCAAUGCUUGAUCACAAGCCACUGGUGUCAAUCUUGUCAAAGUCAACAAUUUCGAGAAAAUUUUGAUAAUUGGACUUCGGGAUUUGAAGAAAUAGAUAAUUUUAUAAAAGAAACUCAAAUAAACUCUAAAGAUUGCACUGACUAUUUAGAAUUCUUUCCUUUCAAUUCUUUUAUCGGUAUAAACAAAUAUGAUAAUUCCGGUUUCGGAACUGUUUAUAGUGCUAAUUGGAGGGAAGGUCCAAAAGAUGCUUGGAGUGAAGCUGAAAAUAAAUAUGUGGCCAGGAGAGGUUUAAUAAAAGUCGCCCUAAUUUCUCUUGGCAAAGACCCCGUCAUAUUUUUAAAAGAGUUAAAAUUACAAUACAAUUUUCGCUCAAAAAAUGGUCUUAUAAUAAGACUAUUUGGGGUUACUCGAGAAACCGUCACCGGUCAUCUAAUGAUGGUUGCUGAAACUUGCGAAUGGGACCUAAGACAUUAUGUCUCUCAUCAUUUCGCUCGCCUAACUUGGUCCCGUAAAGUUGCCAUUCUUCAUUCUAUUGCUUGUGCUUUUGAAUCAUAUCAAAAUGGUGAACAAGUCCAUCGUGAACAAGCUUCAAAUGUUCAGAUAUUUAAAUCCCACAUAGAAAUUCCUGUAAAUGAAUUAGGUUUAGGGGAGACCAAAGAUCCAAUUCCAAUGAUUGGUUAUUAUAAAAAUGACAUUUUGCCUUAUAUGGCUCCAGAAAUUUUACAAAACAAACCUUACUCUGUAAAAUCGGACAUUUAUAGUUUUGGUAUGCUAAUGUGGGAAUUAUCGACAAACAAACCUCCAUUUUACGAUAAAACUCGUAAUUCUAAAUUAAUAGAUUAUAUUAUUGAUGGGUCACGCCCUGUUAAUGAUCCACACACUCCCGAAUGUUAUACCGAUUUAAUGAAACGUUGUUGGUCUAGCAAUCCUGAUAAUCGGCCUGAAAUUUCUGAGAUUGUAAAAAUUUUAGGUGAUUGGUAUUUAUAUAGUAAAAAUUCUGAACAAUUUGAAGCUUCUGAAAAUAUUAGACUUAGUAAAAUGAAAGCUAAAGGACUUGACACCACUCCUGGAAGAAUGGUUUCCCCACCAAAGAUUCAUCCUCAAGCCAUAUAUACUAGUAGAAAAAUUAAAUUUCCCGUAGUUCCUUUGUCUGGCAUUAGUUCUCAACGUAUUAAACAAUCUUAUGAUGCUUCAUAUAAGAAUUCAAUUGAUAUGGCAUCUUUACUUGUUCGCGAUGAAAGUUACUUUGUCAAAAGCAAGGCAUUAGAAACAAAAGAAUUAGAAGAGGAGGAAGAUGAUGAGCUCCUGAGUCAAUACGAAUUAUCUAUACCUUUUGACAAAAUCAUUCCACCAGAAAAUUUAAUGGUAUCAACGUGA